GGCGAGCGCUCUCAUCUCUAGCUCCCGACAGGCAAACAACUCGACAGCUACGUGGCUGCCAAAAUUAAGUAAAUUUUUUACGAUUUUACUGGCCGUUUACCCUAAACCACGAUGCAACCGAUGCUCGCCAAGUUGCUGCUUCUGCUGGGCAGCCUGCUGAUCCUUGCCAGAAACGGCAGCGCGUUCAUUGUCAGCGUGGAUGCCCACAACGAAGAGUGUUUCUUCGAGAAUGUGGAAGGCGGCACCAAGUUUGGCGUCACCUUUGAGGUGAUUGACGGCGGUUUCCUGGACGUGGACAUCAAAAUCAGCGGCCCCGACAAUCAUGUUAUGCACGAGAGCGAAAAGGAGUCUUCCGGCAAGUACACGUUCGUGGCGCCCUCAAAGGGCACCUACACCGUCUGCUUCAACAACGAGCGCAGCAGCAUGACCCCCAAGCUGGUCAUGUUCUCGAUCGAUGUGGGUGAUGCCCCACAGCGUGCUCCUGGCGCACCCGGCGAGGAGGAAGUGGGCCACACCAAGCUGGAGGACAUGAUCCGUGAACUGUCCGGCACUCUGACCAGUGUCAAGCACGAACAGGAGUACAUGCAUGUUCGUGACAAGAUCCAUCGUUCGGUCAACGAGAGCACCAACUCCCGGGUCGUUCUGUGGUCGACGUUCGAGGCCCUCGUCCUGGUCCUGAUGACUGUCGGCCAGGUCUACUACCUGAAACGCUUCUUCGAGGUGAAGCGCGUUGUGUAAUCCUGGCCAAAAUCUAGGAUAAUCCUGCGGAGAAUAAAUGAAAAGUUGCGAUGAUGUGUGCUUGAGGAUGAGGUGUUUCUGUCUCAGAUUAAUUUAAACAAAUUAUUCCUUUUGUAAUUAAAAUAAAAACUAAAAAACAAAACAAAAA